AUGAAAUUCACCUUACUCGCCUCUAUCGCUUUAGCAGGAUUGGUCACUGCUCAGACCAUCCCAGAGUGUGUAGUCACAUGUUCCACUCAAGCUGCAGCAGCAGCAGGAUGUACUUCUUACACCGACGUUAGCUGCGUCUGUACCAAUGCUGCUUUCCAAAAUGCCGCUGGAGCAUGUUUGAUCGCCAACUGUACUGCCUCCGACCAAGCCACCGCUACCGCCCUCCAAUCCGCUCUCUGUGCCGGUCAAUCCGUCACCGGCGGAUCAGUCACAGCCUCCAUCACAGCCAGUGGUUCAGCUUCAGUCGACGCAUCAGCCAUUGCCUCUUUAACUCAAUCUGGCGGAUCAGCUUCCUCAGCAGCUAGUUCCCUCGCUGCCAGCGCAUCUUCCGCUGUCGCAGCUUCUGCCUCUGCUUCGGGCAGUGGAUCGGCCUCGGCUGCUUCUGGAUCAGGUAGUGCAGCUUCAAAAGCUGCCUCAGCUACUUCAGCUGCUGCCAGUGCAGCCUCCUCUGCUGCCUCUUCAGCAAACAAGGUUGAAAGCAUCUUCAAGGGUGCGAUGGGUGCUGUAGUUGGUGUGGUAGGAUUGGUAGUUGGUACUUUCACUAUCCUCUAA